AUGGGUGAAGAUUUCUUCAAAUAUCUACCAUCAAAAAUCGUAGUAGAAAUUCUCUCAAGACUUCCCACUCGAGCCGCUAUGGCCUGCAAGUUUGUUUGUAAGUCCUGGCUUAGUCUGCUGGCUACUCCCGAGUUUGUGAAUUCCCAUAUUUCUAGAUCAGUCCCUGGCCUCCUUGUUAAAACACACUCAACAAGCUCAUACGAUGUCAUUGAAUUUGUGGAUGAACUUCGCCUCGACUUUGAUAAGGAGCAUCGUUGGAAUGUAGCCUUCAACUUCAAACUCCCUUUUGACGAACCAACUCAUAGUUCGGUCAAUGGUUUGAUCUUUCUUAGAGACUUUGGUCGUGGUGAUCUUAUCCUGUGCAAUCCAAUCACUCGUGAAUAUAUCAAACUCCCUUGUCCUCCCAAAACUACCACCGCAGUUGAUCUUGAAAUGGAUACUUUUGGAUUUGGGGUGAGCAGAACGUCUGGCCAAUAUAAGGUGGUCAGGGUUUUCGUUGAAGCACCACGAAAAGAGGCAUACAAACAUGAUCACCUAUUACCGUUUGCAUGCCAAGUAUACACCGUUGGAACCGGAUUGUGGAGAAAUGUUCCUUCUGGAAGCCCGCCGCUUAGGUUUUUUGACUUCCAUGGCGGGGUACUUUUGAAUGGAAAUCUUCAUUUGAUGGCAUUGGAAAUGACAACAGACGGCUUGGUUGAACGGAUUUGUUGUUUUGAUCUCGAAACAGAACUUUUUAGCACAUUUUCUGUACCUCCUCCUUGUGGUAUCGGUGAACGCUAUUGUAAGACGCCAUCUGUUUUCAGGGAUUGCCUCUGUUUAAGCCAUAUUUCAUCCGAUGGGGAGAUUGUGAUCUGGUUGAUGAAGGAAUACGGAGAUGACAAUUCUUGGACAAGGGAAGUUUUCGUUUGCGAAGUUGAUAUAGGAUUUGUUGGUGAGCGUCAUGUUUGGCCAAUCAGAGUUUUCGAAAAUGGAGAUAUCUUGAUGGAAGAGGAAGACAAGCCAUUCUACUACUCCAACAAGACGAAAACUUUCGACAAUGACAUCUCGUUUCGAGGGGAUCGUGGUUCUUACUAUACCUCUAUGACCAUGUAUGCCUCAAGCUUUCUCACUCUGAAGAAUUUUGUGACGGAGAAUGUGAGCUCAUUUUGA